AUGGAAAACGUAUCACUGCUUGAAGAAGAUCAUCUAUGGAAGGAAUACAAAGCGAAAUCGAAACUCAGUGAGAGUUCAAACUCUACAGUUUGGUCGGCGAAGCACCGGUUAACCGGAGAAGAAGCAGUUUUGAAAUGUUUCGAUCUCUCAAAGCUCAAUCUCAAUCUCCGAAGCUGUUUAGAGAACGAAAUCGAAUUUCUAUCUUCCGUUGAUCAUCCAAAUAUCAUUCGUCUCCUCGAAGUAAUCCAUGAUGGGGAUUCUCUGGUUAUGGUUAUGGAAUUUUGUAAUGGAGGAAAUUUAUCAUCAUAUAUUCAACGUUAUGGGAGAGUUGAAGAACAUAUUGUUAAGAGAUUUAUGAAGCAAAUUGGAGCUGGUUUAGAAAUCAUUCAUGAUAAUCAUAUUAUCCAUAGGGACUUGAAACCUGAGAACAUUUUACUCGCUGGAUCGGGUGAUGAAUCGGUGUUGAAGAUAGCUGAUUUUAGUCUUUCAAGAAAACUACUUCCCGGGAAGUAUCUCGAGACGGUAUGUGGUUCUCCGUUUUAUAUGGCUCCUGAAGUUCUUCAGUUUCAGAGAUACAAUGAAAAGGCUGAUAUGUGGAGUGUAGGAGCAAUCCUUUUCGAGCUUCUUCACGGGUAUCCACCUUUCCGCGGUAGGAACAAUGUUCAGGUUCUAAGAAACAUCAAAUCUAGUACAUCUCUUCCCUUCUCUCGGUUAAUUCUUCAAGAGUCGCAUCCUGAUUGCAUCGAGGUUUGUUCGAAGUUGCUUUGUAUUAAUCCAGUUACACGUCUCUCUUUCGAUGAAUUCUACAAACACAAGUUCUUAAGGAUUUGA